AGGUUCCAUGUUACACAGAUGAUGUACUUUCUACAGCCUACUGUAACAGUACCAAUGGUAGUCUAACCAUCCAAUGUACAAUACAGCUACAUAAACCACAAUAGGUUCCAUGUUGCACUGAAAUUCUCGCAAUUUGAUCACGAUUGGCUUUUAAGAAGAACAAUAGAUCUACUUUUUGAUUUGAUAAUCGAAGACAGAAUGAUGUUUUCGUUCGUCUUUUGUAGAUUUACAAAGCCAAAUGCUUUUCCAUGCUUGCCUUGGCUUAAUCUCGUACCCAGAGCCUGCGUUUCUUUUGGCCUGCGGCGAAGAACGAGGGCUCUGGCAUAAUCCAUAUUUUGGCGCAUGCGCAAUUUUCGGAAAGUGAGAUAUAAACGGACAAAAUAAGCAAAGUAAAAAUUAAAUCGAAGUCAAAAUCAAAGUACAAAUCAUAGUACAAACCAAAAAUCGGUGAAAAAAAAUAUUCCUAAUUUUUAGCAAGUCUUUCACGAGUGCGCUGUUAUACCGGAAGUCCAAGAAAUCCUGGUCUCAAAAAAUGGAUUAUGCCAGAGCCCUCGUUCUUCGCAGCAUGACAGAAGAAACGCAGGCUCUGGGUACGAGAUUGGCCUUGGCUUUUCUUGAAAUGAGUUCGAGCAUGCGCCGUGAGGACGUGCUCGCAAUAUUACUAGAUUCCGGUUGUAGGGUUUCCCAGGGCCUCUGACGGAGAGAAACGACAACCGAGGAGGAUCUGGGAACGAGAAUGUACCGUUUUCUCAGUUCUAUCAGUGCGAGGAGCUCAAUUUGAAACUCCAUGGGUUUUAAAGCAGAGCAGUUCGUAAAAAGUGUCGAUGAAAACCUCUUCUGUGCAAUAUGCCACGAAGUAUUUGAUAAUCCUGUGGGCAGCAAAGAUGGUCACCUAUUCUGCAAGGAUUGCGUUCACAUAUGGCUCAAGAAAAAUACGACAUGUCCUCUACUGGGUAUUGGUUACUUGUCCAAAAAAUAUCUUGUUCCUCAAUUUACCGUGAAGGGAAUCAUAGACAAUCUCGAAGUGUACUGUCAUCCAUACGGCACACAAGACAAGCCAAGUGACGAUAAUCAAUCAAACAGUCAAGGAAGGAAGGAAGGAAAGACAGAAGGAAGGAAGGAAGAAAGGAAGAAAGGAAGGAAGGAAGGAAGGAAGGAAGGAAGAUUCCUUAAACACACCUAUUUCAUUCCAGUUCAAAAAUCUGAAAUCUUAAAUCUGAGACCAAUUAACAUGCUGCAAACUGCAAUAUAUUUGAUCUAUGCCGAGCAACGUAAUUUACUUUUAGAUUGGAAGAUGAAGCAUGCAAUUUGAGUUAGGCCCAGCUGGCUAAACGA